AUGGCAAAGCCAGUCCAUUCUUCCCAGAGCUACUCGUCGUCGGAGAGCGCUGCAGUGAUGGCGAGAGCUGCUUUCGUCGACCCUUUCGCGCCCGUAACUCGUAAAGCAGUUUCGGGACCUCUUGCUCCACCGCAACAGCAGCAGCAGCAGCAGCAGCAGCAGCAGCGGUUGUGUGUCUCAGGCCCGUUGUACCGGGAUUCUAGACUCGCCGCCCCCUCGUAUAGCGACGCGGCGCAACAAGAGCAGCAGCUGCAGCAGCUCGCGGGUCCUGCGUCUUCCUUCGCCACAACGCCGCUCGCGGAGCUUUGGUGGGGGACUGCCCCUUCCGCGGACGCCAUGGCGGUGGCAGAAGCAGUAUGGGGUGCGCAUGCUGCGCAACACCAUGCAAUGCUUGCGCCUCAUCCCGCAUCCCCCUCCUUGGCCUCUCCCUCGAACGCUCCGAUUGAAGCCACGGGCGCGGCCGGGGGCUGCUGGGAGUGGGCCGAAGCGGGAGCAAUGGCGGCGGUGGCAGACGAAGAGGAGCAACCUCACACCAUGGCCGGCAAACGCGCCGGGCGCGGAUCCCGUUACAUGCGCCGCGAUUUUAAAAAGAAUCGCCCCAACGAGUGGAACCGCCCGCGCCGCGACGAGCGGCCCGCGCAACCCGGCGCGGAAGACGGCGAGGCUGGCGGCGCGAGCGGCGGCGCGUGGAAGGCGUUCGUGCUGGAAAAUGAGGCGUUCGAGACGUAUUACAAGGUGAUUGGCUGGCGGAUCGUCUAG